AUGGCAGCGAGACGGUCAAAGGCCUCUGCCGACGAUGGUUUGAAUGAGCUCUUCGAAGGGAUCGAUGAGAGCGUAGUAAAGAAGCCUGCUAGUAAAUCUAAGCCGGCUCCCUCUAAGACUCGAGGCGAGAAGCUCAAGAAAGACAUACCUGGACUUGCCGAGUUGGAGGAUGAGCUUGGCGAAGAACCCGUCCGACCCCAUACUCCUCGCGUCAAAGAGACAUCUACCAAGGCACCUGUUAAACGAACUAGUACGGCGACCCCUCCUCCCGGUGCCCCUCGGCAAUCCGAAGACAAGCCAGCCAACGUCGCACGCAAGUCCGUCGAUAGUACUCGCUCCCUCCACGCAAGCUUCACCCCCAGUGCCACCAGCUCUGAUCUCCAGGAUGCCGAGAAGAAGGGGUCAGCCGAGGAGACAGCACCAGGUGCCGGUGGUGGUUGGUGGGGUGGACUGUUUGCUACGGCUAGCGCUACAGCAAAUGCAGCCAUGAAGCAAGCUGAGGCUGCAUACAAGGAGAUCCAACAGAAUGAGGAAGCCAAGAAAUGGGCUGAUCAGGUUAAAGGAAACGUCGGAGCUCUGAGAGGUCUCGGCGACGGUAUCCGUCAGCACGCUUUGCCUACCUUCGCCAACAUUUUACACACUCUUGCCCCUCCUAUCUCUUCGCAUGAGCGUCUACUUAUCCACAUCACCCACGACAUCGUUGGCUACCCAUCGCUUGAUCCUCUUAUCCACGAGGUCUUCAGCCGGGUCAUGUCGCAAGUUGAGGGCGGCGACCUCCUCGUCAUCCAACGCGGUCAUGAGAAUACCGCUCGACGAUCAUCAGACGCCUUCUACAAGAGUUCUUCCAACUCUGCCGGCUGGCGCGAUGGUCCCUGGUGGAGGCAAGUCGACUCACCUCGCGAUCUAGGUGCUGUGAAAGGUAUAAUCGAGGGGACUAAGCUCUGCCGCGUCAGUGCGGAGAGUUAUUCCCAUGACUACUUCGCGGCUAGUGGUGGCGUUUCCGAGGCGCAAAAACGUGCUCUAGAGCCCGUGAGCGAGGAAAAUCCCGUGCGAACUAGUGACAUCUUCCUCGCUGUCCAGCCUAUUAUCGUAGACGCAGACCCUGCUCUCUUCGCUGGUAGCACAGCUGGUGAGGCAGAGAAGGAACCUAGCGCCGUAGCCGACGACAGCAGCACAGACCCCCACAUCUGCUUCGCCGUCUAUGUCCUCGACCCGAUUCAUGACAUCGUGUACAGCACCGUGAGUCAGUACAUUCCAGCGAAAUGGAUUCGCUGGUUGGAUGCGCCGGCACCUCUGACGCCUGCCAGCGGCGAGAGCGAGCAGCAGCUAGGUCUAGAUGGGAUAAACGUUCCAGACGAGAUCCGGGAGAUUGUAGAGAGCGGUGGCGUGGACCCGCGUGAAUGGGUUGCCGAAUGGGUCGAGGAGACGCUGAGCUUGAGUAUCGGAGUCGUAGCCCAGCGGUAUGUGGCUCGUCGGAUGGGUGUUGGUGAAGGGGGGCUUGGAAAGGGGAAACAGAAGGUUGAAGAGUUGCUUCAGGGGGGUGGAGGUGAGGCGGCUAGGGCUGGGCUUAUUUGA